UCUUCUGUGGUCAGUCACCUGUCUGACCUCAGCAUGGGCUUCCUGCUGGGGCUUCCUCUCAGUCCUGUGACACCAAGUCCCUGUGGCUCUUACCCCAGAGAUGUCACUACUGCUGCUGCUGCUGCUGUCCCUGCUGUGGGCAGGAUCCCUGCCUCAGGAUAGGAGAUUCUGGCUGCAAGUGCAGCGGUCUGUGACGGUGCAGGAGGGGCUGUGCGUCUCUGUGCCCUGCACCUUCUCCCAUCCCAGGGACUACUGGACUGACCCUGCACCAGCUCACGGCUACUGGUUCCGAGAAGGAGCAAAUCCACAGCAGGAUGCUCUUGUGGCCACAAACAACCCAGGUCGUGCAGUGCAGAAAGAGACCCAGGGCCGAUUCCUCCUCCUCUGGGACCCUUGGACCUACAACUGCUCCCUGGACAUCAGAGAUGCACAGAGAGGGGAUGGGGGGAGAUACUUCUUUAGGGUGGAAAGAGGGCCUUAUGUGAGAUAUACUUACAAAGAGAACCUACUCUCAGUGCUUGUGACAGGUAAGGAAUGGGGUCAAGGAGACAACACAUGGAUGGGUUCUGAGGGCCCCCAGGACAGGGCCAGGAGAGGACCCUUGCUUCUCUUCCUGGGAGGGACCCAGGGAGACCCAGGACAGGCGCUAGGGCUGGCUGGGGAGGAGUUGGCUGGCCUGAGGCAGAGGUUGCUCUUAGGGUCACGCUUAGGGUCCCCACCUCCAGGCCUGGGUCUCUAUCUGUCUCCUCCUCAGCUCUGA